AUGGCAUCAGUCUAUAUAUUAUUAUUUAUUCUUAUCAGCAAUAAGCUUCUUUUUAUUCAUUCAUUUGCAAUCGUACAUGAUGAUCAAUAUCAGAAUCAACUUGAAAAUUUACAACAAGAUGCAAUUGAGCAAUUGAUAACGAACUAUAUGGCAACCCCAGAACAUUCUUCAUUCAAUGAAAAUGAUUUAGAAUCAUUAUUGAAACCGACAGUACAACGUCGUUUUUGUUGCAUGAGUCCAUUGAGUGGUCGAAAACGAUUCAUACGGGAUUUGGCACGAAAACAAUAA